AUGGCUCCCUCUGACCUGUCAUCUGAAACUUUCUUUCCUACCCACAAAGCUGUGAAGAGGGGACUGAAGUGUCCAUACCCCAGCCACUGGAUCUACCCUGAACAGUUCUGUAUCGAGGUUAUCUUGGCCAGGGGUCUUUCUUUUCUUGAGAGACCGUAUAACUUUAUCUGUUUCUUCUUUGAUGGCGGUUCAGUGUUUAUGUCGAGUUCUGCCUCUGCCUCUGGAGUGUCAGCUUCUAUUGCAUGCGCUGACGCAGACCAGUGUCGUAGUUUAGAGUUUAGGCCUGAAAGAGCAUUUGACGGCAGUCGCCUUCUAAAUCACGUGAUUCGUGUUGCUGAGGUUACGCUGAAGCAGUUUUGUAAAAUGAUGUGUUUUAUGGACCCAGACUGUGUCAGUGUUAAUCUUGAGAAACAACCAGAUGUGAAUGGAAACUACAAAUGUGAACUGAAUAAUGCUACCCACGAAGGGCGUGUACACGAGUUGAGGUCACACACGAAUUUCUCUUACCAUGCAGUAGAGAGCGCUUGUGUGGGAAACCCUUGCAAAAACAACGGUACAUGCCAGAGCGGUUUUAAUGAAGAAGGUUUUCGCUGUCUGUGUCCAGCUGGAUUUAAAGGAAAGAAUUGUGAGGCCGAUUUUAAUACAGACAUUGAUGAAUGUGUUGAAGGGUUACACAACUGCAGUAUUGAUGCCUUUUGCAACAAUACCAACGGGUCGUACAACUGUACAUGUAAACCUGGAUUCGUUGGAAAUGGCCGAGACUGCGAAGACAUCAACGAGUGUGUUACGCAUUUACAUAAUUGCAGUCAAAAUGCAAUUUGCCACAAUACCAAAGGAUCCCACACCUGUACUUGCAAACCUGGAUUUACUGGAAAUGGGCACAAAUGCGAAGAUAUUGACGAGUGUGCUGAAGGGUCGUAUAACUGCAGUCUUAAUGCCAUCUGUGAUAAUACCGAAGGAUCGUACAAUUGCGACUGUAAGCCCGGAUUCACCGGAAAUGGCCGAGAAUGCGAACCUUGGAGGUGUAAGCAUGAAUAUCAUCAGCAAAUAACGCUUGAGAGUGGUGUGGUGACACUCCUUCUUGACUCAAACCCAGUUCCCGUUUUUUGCCACAUGGGAGAUUUUGGAUGUGGAGAUGGAGGUUGGACACCAGUCAUGAAGAUUGACGGCAGCAAGUCAACGUUUGUUUAUAACAGUUCUCACUGGAGCGAUUACACAGAAUACAAUCUCCCUGGAGGAGAAACUGGAUUCGACAGACAGGAAACCAAGUUAUCAACCUACUGGAAUACUCCCUUCUCUCAAAUCUGUCUAGGAAUGGAUAUCGGCCAACAGCCCAAAUUCAUUGUCAUCAAUAAGCAAUCUGAAUCUCUGUACUCACUGAUCGCUGACGGACAAUACCGCCCUACUUCACUGGGUCGUGACUACUGGAAGACGCUGCUUGGUUCUGAGGCCUCCUUGCAGUAUAAUUGUAAUCAGGAAGGAUUCAACGCAGGAGGUCACGAGGAGCGUUACUCCAAAGCUCGAAUUGGUAUCGCUAGCAACAACGAGAACCACUGUUCCUCAUGCAACUCGAGGAUCGGAUUCGGUACAGGAGGGAGACCUGAUGACUCAAACAGUUGUGGAAACGAAGCGGAAAAUUACUCUACAGAUAAUGGAGAGAACCACAUCAAAGCCAUGGGAUAUAUCAUGGUACAAUGAGUAAACACUGAACUUAAGAGCUUAGCAUUCAUUUAAGUU